UAUUUGCAAAUAGAACCUUAUUAAAAUCUCUUUUGCCCUUUGGACCGCUCUCGUUCCGGCUCUGCCAAACAAAUAAACCUAACCCUAAAUCGCGAUCGGAACCGGCUGCUCCUCCUCGUCGGCGAGGCCUUUCACGGUGACAGAUACUCCUUUCCGGUACUCGUGAAGAUCUAAACGAUGGCGGAGCAUUUAGCUUCAAUCUUUGGUACUGAAAAGGACAGAGUGAAUUGCCCUUUUUACUUCAAGAUCGGUGCUUGCCGUCACGGUGACCGCUGCUCACGCCUCCAUAACCGUCCCACCAUCUCCCCCACGCUCCUCCUCUCUAACAUGUACCAGAGACCGGACAUGAUAACACCCGGUGUGGACCCUCAGGGGCAACCACUAGACCCGAGUAAGGUCCAAGAACACUUUGAGGAUUUCUACGAAGACAUUUUCGAAGAACUCGACAAGUGUGGUGAAGUGGAGAGUCUCAAUGUUUGCGACAACCUCGCUGAUCACAUGAUUGGGAAUGUUUAUGUCCUGUUUAAGGAAGAGGAUCAGGCUGCUGCCGCUUUGAAGGCUUUGCAAGGGAGAUUCUAUUUAGGCCGUCCUAUCAUUGCUGACUUCUCUCCUGUGACGGAUUUUCGGGAAGCAACUUGUAGGCAGUAUGAAGAAGACAACUGUAACCGUGGUGGGUACUGUAAUUUUAUGCACGCCAAGCAGAUUUCUAGGGAGCUUAGGCGGAAGUUGUUUGGGAGGUACCGCCGGUCGUACCGCCGUGGAAGCAGGAGUAGAAGCCGGAGCAGGAGUAUAAGCCCGAGACGCAAGAGAGAGCGUGAGAGAGGAGAGAGAGAUGUUAGGGACCAUGACCGUCAUGGGAAACGAAGCAGUGACAGGUCAGAGAGGCAUGAUAGGGAUGGUGAUGGAAGAAGGAGACAUGGAAGCCCGAAACAGAGCAGAAGCCCAGUUGUUAGAGAAGGCAGUGAGGAAAGGAGGGCUAGGAUUGAGCAAUGAAACCGAGAACGAGAUGAGGGAGUUUAAGGAUUUUCUCUUCAUUGCGUUGCUUCAGCAAACGGUAAAAUCUGGUAAUGGAUAUUCAUUUGGUGUUCUUUUGCAAUUUGAAAAGUAUGAGUGGCAUGAGGCACAUUAGAUGAGUUAAGUUGGAUUACUUUUUACUGUAGAAUUCCUUAGUUCGUGUGAUAUGAUCCUUCUGUAGUUGUUCUUUAUGACUGUCCCUUUAAAUAUUCUCUAAAAGUUUGUAGAACUUUGUCCAAGUUAAUUGAAUUGAGACUCUUAGUUUCAUGAA